AUCAGCUCAACCUGGUAUGUUCCUCUCAAUCCCUGGGUCAUGUACUCCUUGGAGCAGAAGGCUUCGGCAAUCGAAACUGUGUACUAGAAGAAGCUUCCAACCAGAAUAUCCCCCGGACCUAUCAAUAUGUGUGUUUGUCCUGGACCAAGCGUUGUCGGUGAGGGCGCUACAGGAGAUGGUGAUCACUGACCAAAUAGAUCAGGGUGGGCAGGCUGGUCACCGCACUCUACUCUAUGGUCAUGCUAUUCUCCUGCAACACUCUCAAAGCUCCAUGCAUCUUGCCUGUCUUCCAACAAGUUCCUCUAAAGAUAAACUUGCCUUUGAUGUGGGGCUUCAAGAAUCAACACAAGGAGAAGCAUGUUGGUGGACGAUAUACCCGGUAUCCAAGCAGAGGUCAGAAGGUGAAAAGGUCAGAGUGGGAGAUGACCUCAUCCUUGUCAAUGUCGCCACAGAGAGAUACCUGCAUCUAUCUGUGGAGAGGGAUGACCAGCCCAUGAUAGUAGUAGCAUCCUUCCAGCAGACGCUAUGGACCGUCGCCCCCGUCAGCUCAGGCAUCGUCAAGAUCAAAGCAAUGGCGAGAAAAUAUGGAGACACGGAGAAGGCUUUAGGGUUUCUCAACGGUCUGGACACGCUGAGAUUCUCCCGGGGUCACAUGGACGAGUACUUGACGGUUCCUCCGGUGGGAUGCAAGGACGACGACAACAUCAGUGAGGUGUCGUACGAUACGGGAGCAGUGGCUCAGUAUGCAAGGUCUCUAUGGAGAGCAGAACUCAUCUUGAAAAAGUGGAAUGGUAGCUAUGUAUCCUGGGGCCAGCCCUGCAGGAUUCGCCAUCUCACAUCUGGCAAAUAUCUGGCUGUUCUUGAGAACGGGAAUGUGUGCAUCGUACCAAGGAAAUCAUGCAACCUAGAUGACACCAUCUUCUGCUUCCAGCAGUCAAGGGAGGAUCUUGCCAACUAUGACAGCAAGCAGGACCACGGUAUGGGCAGUGCAGACAUCAAAUAUGGAGAUUCCACCGUCCUUAUUCAACACAUGAAGACGGGCCAUUGGCUCUCCUAUCUGGUUGUUGAGAGUGUUGUUGGAGGCAGAGCAGCUGAAAGAAAGGUAGUGAUGUUGCCCGAGGGUCACAUGGAUGAUGGGUUCUCGGUGGUGAGAGCGAGGGCGGAGGAGUCGAGGUCGGCCGGAAUCAUCAGGAAGAGCACAUUGCUCUUCAAUCAGUUUUUUGAUGCUCUUGACUCCCUGAGGGGCGAGAAGGAAGAUGACCAGCUGGCCUGGAACACUUUCAACCUCAGCUCUGUGGUCGACAUCCUUGAAGACCUCAUUGAGUACUUUGGUGAGCCGGAAGAGGACGAAGAUCACGAAGAGAAACAGAAGAAGCUAAAAGCCUUGAGGAAUCGACAGGAUCUGUUCCAUGAAGAGGGUAUGGUCAAACUGGUGCUGGAAACCAUUGACAAGCUGAGCAUCUUCAAGAGUGGACGGGACUUUGCUGCAAUAGUAGGAGAGGAUGCGGGAGACCUCUGGCAAGACAUCGUCACCUACCUCUACAAACUCCUCGCUGCCAUGAUCAGACAUAACCACAACAACUGUGCCUUAUUUGCCCAGUCUGUCAGGCUUGACUGGCUCAUCAACAGACUGGAGAGUCAACAAGCUUCUAAAGGUGUCCUGGAGGUGCUACACUGUGUGCUGCUAGGUAGUCCUGAAGCCCUAAACAUCAUCAAAGAGAAUCACAUCAAAUCUAUGAUAUCACAGCUUGAGAAGCAUGGCAGAGACCCCAAGGUGCUAGAUGUUCUAUGCUCAUUAUGUGUUGGCAAUGGUGUAGCAGUACGAUCCAACCAAAACCUUAUAUGUGACAAUCUGCUGCCCUCCAGGGACCUUCUUCUUCAGACCGCGGUAGUUGAUGAAGUAGUUUGCAUGCGACCCAACGUGAGCAUUAGUGUUGACAAGAACAGCACCGUCUACAAGAAGUGGUACUUCGAGGUAGCCAUUGACAAGCAGGAGGCGGGCACAUCCCGACCCGUCCACUUCAGAGUAGGGUGGGCCACGACACAGGGGUUCCGCACCUACCUGAGGGGCGGGGAAGGAUGGGGAAACUCGGGGGUCGGUGACGACCUUUACUCCUUCGGCUUUGAUGGCUUGAACCUGUGGACAGGUGGUGUCAGUAAGGCUGCUCCAUGGAGCGGGAACCGUCUCUUGUCCAGGGGUGAUAUCGUUGGUGUGUGCUUUGACCUCAGUGUGCCUCGCAUCCUCUACCAUGUCAACGGGAGCCCCAUCAAGGCUUCCUUCGAAGGCAUCAAUCUGGAGGGCAUGUUCUUCCCUGUACUUAGCUUCUCUGCUAGGGUUAGUGCUCGAUUCAUCCUCGGAGGCAAGCACGGUCGAUUCAAGUACUCGCCUCCCAAGGGUUUCGCUGCGGUGUGCGAGAGUGUUCUCCCCAAGGAGAGACUGAAGAUAGAACCCUGCUUUGCCUUGGGUGACGUGACGGAAGGCAUCAUCCAAGGACCCACUGCCUCCCAGGAUCAUUCGGCAUUCAUCCCAGCGCCUGUCGACACCGCCAAUGUGAAUCUUCCUGGUUACAUUGAGAUGUUGAGGGACAAGCUAGCUGAGAACAUCCAUGAACUCUGGUGUAUGAACAAGAUAGAGGCUGGAUGGACGUGGGGACCGGUGCGAGAUGAUUCCAAGAAGGUCCAUGACAGUCUGAUGUUCUUCUCAAGCCUUUCAGAACAAGAGAAGAACUUUGACAUCACCAUGGCCUACGAGACCCUGAGAACACUGAUGGCUUUGGGUUAUCACAUCAGCAUCGAUGAGGAGACGUCCAAGUCUACACUCAAGAGACUCAGACUUCCAAUGAACUACCUGAUGUCCAAUGGGUACAAGCCAGCCCCGUACAACCUCUCCACCAUCCAUCUUAACGUUAAGAUGGAGAAGCUGGUGGAGCUACUGGCCGAGAAUGCCCACAAUGUCUGGGCCAAGGACAGGAUAGCUCAGGGUUGGACCUAUGGCCUCUCAGAGGAGACGUCUUACAAGCGUAACCCCCAGCUAGUCCCGUACAACCAGCUGAAUGACCAAGCUAAGAAGCUCAACCGGGACACUGCCAGCGAGACCAUCAGGACCAUCCUGGGCUUCGGCUAUGCUCUGGAACCACCCGCAAACGAGGGACAAUUAGAUCCAGCCUUUAGAGGUUUGGCAAGGGAGAUCUCAGACAAGAAGACGCACACCAGGACAUUCAGAGCAGAGAAGAGUUAUGCAGUCAAAUCAGGAAAGUGGUACUUUGAGUUUGAAGCAAUGACGACUGGGUACAUGCGUGUCGGCUGGGGUCGGCCUACCAUAGCAGCGCGCUCUGAAGUUGGAACGGAUGGCUGCUCAUUUACCUUUGACGGUUUCCUGGCUAGGAAAUGGCACCAGGGGUCAGAGACCUUUGGCAAGACGUGGGGCGAUUUGGAUGUGAUUGGAUGUAUGCUCAACCUCGUGGACAAUACUAUCAGUUUCACCAUGAAUGGAGAGUACCUGUGUGAUUCUGUGGGUUCUGAGAUGGCCUUCCAUGACAUUGAGAUUGGUGAAGGGUUUGUACCUGUGUGCAUGCUGGCAGCUGGAGAGAAAGCACAACUACACUUUGGCCAGGAUGUGAAUGAUCUGAAGUACUUCACUGUGUGUGGGCUGCAGGAGGGCUACGAACCAUUCUGUGUGAACAUGAAGAAGUCCAUGCCUCUGUGGUACUCUAAGAGCCAGCCCAUGUUCCAGUCCAUAGAAGAUGAGAAUGAUAGACUGGGAAUCACCAGGAUACCAGCUGGUAUUGAAGGUCCACCAUGCCUGAAAGUGUCUCACAAGAAGUGUGGUACUGUAGAGAAUCUACCCACAGAAUACCUGCGUCUCAGUAUGCCAGUUGUCUGCAAGGACUUCCCUACCAGUGGUGAGAUGGUCCUGUCCAUCCCAGUACCCGUCCUAUCCCCUGGUAACAAGCGUGGCCAAUGGAUCCAACAAGGAGCGACCAGUCUAGACCUGAGUGAGACAGACUCCAACGAUGGCUCCAACCGUAGGACCAGGUCUGGUCUCGACAAGAUGGAACACAAGGCGAUAGACACCGAUGCUAUAGAUGGAGAUGCCAGAGUCAAUGGCUACAACGGGGACACCAAAGAGCUCACCAAGAAGGAGAAGAAGAAACUAGCCUCACUCCCUCUUGGACGCAAGAUACCCAUGUCCCGGGCCGCCUCCAGCGAAACAUCCACCGUCCAAUCCCCCGACUCGUCCUUCGAGAGGUCUGGCCCUUCCCCUGCGAAGUCCAAGCGUAGCAAGUUCACCAAGAGUGCCAGCAUGGACUCGGGUGCCAAGCACCCUGAGGAUACUCUAGCCAAACCCGCAGGGUACGAGGUGGACGGACAGCGCAGCCCUGGAGCCGCUAGGAGGGGAAAGAAGCAUGACAGGCUGAGGACGCCUGAAGCAUCACCUCCUGGUACCUUGAACCGCGAGUACAUCCCCUUGAAGAGCGACAACGAAGGGUCAGUCGGAUCGGACAACCAUGGGCGCCCUCGCUUGGCCAAGCUGGUCUCGAUGGGAAGCAGCUUCGAUGUCUUCAGCAAGUCCAUUGACAUCAUGUCGGACAUCAGCGAGGCGGACUCCAUCGAUCUCAGCAUGAUGACCAAGUUCUAUUACUCCGUUAGGAUCUUCCCAGGGCAGGACCCGACUGAUAUCCAUGUUGGAUGGGUUACCCCUGGUUACCAUCACUACGCACCUCACUUUGACCCCUCCAAGACCAGUGAAGUCACUGUCAACAUGCUGGGAGAGAAUGGAGGAGUGCAGGAAAGUUCCAAGAGGCGUGACUGCUUCACGGUGUGCGUCGGGGACCACAUGGACCUGCUGAUCACGCCAGAAGGUCGUAGGAUCUCAUCGGGUCUGGUGGUCGGAUGCGUCGUCGAUGCCUGCAAUGGUGAACUCUACUUCACCAUCAACGGUAGAGACAUCAGCACCAAGUAUCAGGUUGAACCCAAGACCAAGUUGUUUCCAGCUGUGUUUGUCAAGCCUACCAGUAAGGAGAUGCUCCAGUUUGAACUCGGAAGGUCAAAGAUUCUGGAGAGACGAUCCAGCUCAGUUCAGUCAGAAAUUGCUCAAAUGAGCGUCGACCAGAACUGCCUCCCCUUAUCGGCUGCCUGGUUCCGAGGAGACACCCACAACCCCACCCCUCAAUGUCCGUCCAGGGUCGAGGUCCAGGUCAUGUACACCAACACCUGGGCCAGGGCUCCACUUCAGACCAUGAACAUCGAGACCAAGAAGAUGUCCGACAACAACGGCUGGCUGGUGUCGUGUCCAGAACCUGUAUCAUGGCUUGGUGUCCACAUACCUGAAGAGAAUCGUUGUAUGGACAUCUUAGAACUGGUGGAGCAUGAAGACCUUCUCAAAUUCCAUGCACACACCUUGAGGUUGUACUGCAGUGUGUGUUCCCAUGGUAACCACCAUGUAGCCCAUGCCUUGAUCAACCAUGUCAACGAAGACCAGCUCAUGUACUGCCUUCAGUGCCCAUAUAUAUCCGGUCCUUUGAGGAUAGGAUACUACAAUCUGCUGCAUGCCCUCCAUCUCCAAACCCAUGUCAGUGCUAGGUUAAAGACUCAAGAUGAGUUUAUCAUCCCCUUAUCGGCCGGUCCCAAGCCAGUAGAUGAAGAAAUGGACAUUUCCAGUAGUAUGUCCAUCAAGAGAGCCUUGAGUACCACCAAGAGUGUCUCCAUCAGACCACAACUCAACAUCGGACCAUCAGCUGAUAGUAGUCAUCAGAGCUUCAGUCAGAGCAUGAAGGCGUCCGAGCAGGCUCCUCCGAGCUUCAACCACAUGGUGCUCAAGCAGCAUGUCAUAUCGUCGUUGGGUGAGGCGGUGGCACACGGCGUGUCACACUGCCGAGAUCCCAUCGGUGGCAACUACAAUAACCUCUUUGUGCCUUUAUUACAACUCUGUGAUGCUCUCCUUGUUAUUGGAGAGUUUGAUGAUGAUGACCUGAAGAGUCUUCUUAUUCUCAUUGAUCCUGCAACAUUUGAUGAAACAUACAAGAAAGGUAUCAGUGAGACCGUUGGAAUGCUUCAGAUGCAUCUCGAUGAGCCUGUCAAGCUUGCCAUGUGCUUCCUACUCCAGCAUCUCUGUGACAGUCAGCUCAGACAUCGUGUAGAAUCAAUCAUCAACUUCUCGGAUGACUUUGUAGAAGAAUGCCAAGCAGAUCAACUCAGAAGGUUCUUAGAAGUGAGGAACACCGACAUGCCUCCCGUCAUUGCGGCUAAGAAGACCAGAGAGUUCAGGUCCACUCCUCAAGAACAGAUGCGAAUGCUGCUACACUUCAAGGAGGGUGACGAUGGGAUGUGUCCGUGCCGCGAGGACCUGAGGUCGGUCCUGCUGGAGUUCCACUCCACCCUGGCCAAGCACUGCGGGGUGCACGAGACACAGGAGGAGAGGAGCACAGACUCCAGAGGGGUGAUCAGAAGGUUCCUCUCGUGGCUGUCCGGGAGCAGGAAAGAUGCGAGUCCUCAAGGAGCCAUCACGCAGGAAAAGUUCUCAAGCGACUCACUUUCCCAUCUGAUCUCCAACACAAUGAUCAAGUGGGCAGAAGAGAAGCACAUUGAGGAUCCUACCCUAGUCAGAGAGAUGUUCAAUCUCUUACAUCGCCAGUAUGAUGGAGUUGGAGAGCUAUGCAGUGCCUUGCAGAAAUCCUAUGUAGUAAGCAGCAACCAGUGCGAAGACAUCGUUCACCUCCUGACCUCUCUGGGUCAGAUCAGGUCAUUGCUCACCGUACAGAUGGGAUCAGUAGAGGAGGAAGCUCUCAUCAAACAUCUAUGGGAGGUGACGGACAACAAGGUCUUCUACCAGCAUCCUGACCUCAUGAGGGCGCUGUGCGUCCACGAGACGGUCAUGAACGUGAUGGUCAACGUCCUCGAGAAGCAUCAGACGUCCAUCCAGCUGACCAGCGACGAGGAGGCUGAAUCGUCCGCUCAGGGUCAGGGAGUGACCGGGGCUAGCACGGCAGCAGCACCCCCAAAGACACAGGUGUGCGUUUACAGGUUCCUCGCUCGCCAGGCGCGGAUGUGCCACUCCAAGGACAGGUUCGCUCGUGCGCUCAUCGCAGGCUGCUGCAGGUUUCUCUGCUACUUCUGCCGCACCAGCCGGCAGAACCAGAGGGCGCUGUUCGAUACACUUCUCUACCUCCUCGAUCAUGGCUACAUAGGGCUGUCCUACCCAUCUUUGCGAGGCUCCUGCCCCCUGGACGUAGCAGCUGCUUCCCUGAUGGACAACAACGAACUAGCCCUGGCGCUCAGGGAACAGCACCUCGAGAAGGUUAUCACCUUCCUGUCCAGGUGUGGGGUGCAGGACAACGCCCGUCUGAGGGCCAUGGGGAAACCCCUACCUGGAUGGGACCCCCUGGAUGGAGAGAGGUACCUGGACUUCAUGAGGCAUGCAGUGUGGGUUAAUGGUGAAACCGUAGAGGAGAAUGCCAACCUGAUCGUCAGAAUGCUGAUCAGGCAUCCCGAGUGCCUUGGCCCUGCGCUCAGAGGUGAAGGAAAGGGUCUCCUAGCAGCCAUGGAGGAGGCCAUUGAUCUCUCUGAUACAGCCGAGGAGGGGUAUCUCAUAUCUGCUCCUACCAUGGCUAUCAGUGAGGAGGAUGGGGAAGUCAGACCAAUCGAUGGUCAAGAUGAAGAAGGUGAUGAAGACGAGGAUGACGUUGACACCGGUGGAGCCAUCCUGACCUUCUACGCCACCCUGAUUGACCUCCUGGGUCGAUGCGCCCCUGAUGAGAACCGUCUGUCACAGGGCAGGACUGAGCCCCAGAGGAUCAGGGCCAUCCUGCAGAGCUUGGUGCCUCUGGAUGAUCUGGUCGGGGUGCUCAACCUCAAGUUCAUCCUGCCGUCACCUCAGAAGAUCUACGAGAAGAAAGAUGAUGGAGCCGGUAAACCAUUGGGUGCUGACCUGAAGGGUCUGACACCAGUCCACAAGGAAGCCAUGCUGCUGUUCCUGGAGAGGGUGUACGGUAUAGGGAAUCAAGAGCUCUUCUUUGAGCUCCUGGAGGUGGGAUUCCUACCGGACCUUAGGGCAGCCACUACCAUGGAUACGCCAACCACACACGACCACGACAUGGCCCUGGCUCUCAACCGCUACAUCUGUAACUCGGUGCUACCCCUCCUCACGCGGCACAGCGAGAUGUUUGAGAGCGCUGACCAGUUUGCCUCCCUGCUUGACUCCACCCUCCACACUGUCUACAGGCUGGCCAGCUGUCGAUCGCUCACCAGGGGACAGAGGGACACAGUGGCCGAUUUCCUGGUGGCCCUUACCAGGAGUCUGAAGCCUUCCAUGAUGCAGCGGUUACUACGGAAGCUGAUCAACGAUGUGCCUGUUCUAGCAGAAUACUCUUAUGUGGCCUUGAAGAUCCUGCAGCUUCAUUACGAGCGCUGCGUCUCGUACUAUGGUAGCAGUGGAGGGUGGGGUAGUUAUGGUGCUGCUAACGAUGAGGAGAAGAGACUCACCAUGAUGCUAUUCACUGGUCUCUUUGAUGCACUGGCAGAAAAGGAGUACGAUGAAGAACUGUUUGACAGAGCUCUACCCUGCCUGACAGCCAUUGGUAGUGCCUUGCCUCCAGACUACAGCAUGUCAUACCAUGAUGAGAGCUAUGUCAGGGAAUCUUGCUUUGAUGCUGACGGCAUCUACCAACCAAAACCGGUCGACUCAAACAAGGUGCUACUGAAUGAGAGUUUGCUGUCCUUCAGUGACAGAUUUGCUGAGCAUCUUCAUGACAGUUGGGCUUUAGCAAUGUUUGACAAUGGCUGGACCCAUGGUGAAGCAGAAAACAGCGCCAUGAAAGAAUCAUGCAUGCUGAGACCUUACAAGACACUCACUACCAAGGAGAAGGAUUCAUACAGGGAGCCAGUGAGAGAAUGCAUCAAGGCUCUUCUUGCCUGGGGUUGGUCUGUAGAGAGAAGCAAGGCAUCGGAACAACAGUCGCAGGCUCAUAGACCAAGGAGAUUGUCAAAAGCAAGUCUGGGUGCAAUGGAAUCCCCCCACGGCUACAACCCAAGACCCAUUGACGUCUCAAACAUCACACUCACUAGAGAGAUGCAGACUAUGGGUGAGAGACUGGCAGAGAAUGCACACGAUGUGUGGGCUAAGAAGACCAAGCUAGAGAUGGAACUAAGAGGAAGUGGUUGCCACGCCCAGCUGGUGCCCUUUGACAUUUUGACGGACAGCGAGAAGAAGAAGGAUCGAGACAUGGCCCAAGCCCUGCUCAAGUUCCUCCAAGUCAAUGGAUACAGAUUGCAGAGACACAGUCUGUCCAUGGAUGCUGAUGGUAUCAUCAGAGGACACAGCACCAUAGAGAAGAGAUUCGCCUUCAAUCUCCUGGACAAACUCCUGCACUAUGUGGACAAGUCACAGGCAAACCUGAAACCUCAGAGGCGCCAACAAGAUUCUUUCCGGUCAUCGAAGAAAGAAAGCUCAGGUGACAGAGGAUACAAGUUCUUCGCAAAGGUUGUUCUUCCUCUAAUCGAGAAGUACUUCCAAGCUCAUAGCUCCUACUUCGUAGCUGACCCCAACGCCCCUCAGGCUGGCAGGUCAGGAGGGGCAUCCACCAGAGAGAAAGAGCUUGUAUCAAGUCUGUUCUGCAAGCUUGCUCAGCUCAUUCGACAGAAGAUCAAUCUAUUUGGUCGUGAUCUAGUGCCCUUCAUUCGCUGCAUCAGAGUGGUUGCACAAUCUAUUGAUGCCAGUUCUGUUGUGAAGCACAGCGCUGAUGCCAUCAAGAAUGGCCUGCUUGUCUUCUUUCGCCACGCCUCUGACGACCUCGUCGCUACUGUAGACUCGGUCACCUCGGGAGGGCGUUUUACGCACAUCAAGUCGAAUCAGGUCCACAAACACAGCCUGGCAGUUAACUACGUUCCGGGCGUGCUCGUUCCCGUCCUGAUCAGCCUCUUCCAACAUCUUGCCAGGCAUAACUACGGUGCUGAUUUGCUCUUGGAUCAAAUCCAAGUGUACUGCUAUCGUAUUCUCAGCUGUCUUUACAAAGUUGGUGCUGACCAGUCCAUCUAUGUCAAGAAAUUACGUCCAGCCAUCGGCGAGCUCCUCGCUGCCUUUUCCGGAGCCUUCCCUGUGGCCUUCCUGGAACCACACCUCAACAAGAACAACCCUAACUCUCUGCUUGGACAGAUCGAGCUGAGAGGCGCCACUGUUGAGGGUAAAGAGGAGCUGAUUAAGCUUGCCGCCGGGAUCCCCACUCUGCCCGCUGUUGUGACAGAGAUCGACAAGAUGGCGAUGUCGGGAGCGAAGUACGACCAGGCUCCUCACAUCAUUGAGGUCAUCCUACCCAUGCUUUGCAGCUAUUUGAAUUACUGGUGGCAACAAGGACCUGAUAACAUCUGCCGCAGACAAGGCAACUAUUGGACCAUGGUGAACUCUGGGAAUCUUAACAACACCCUAGGCAACGUCCUGACCCUGGUCAAGAACAACCUCGGUUUAGAGAACGCACCCUGGAUGUCACGCAUUGCAGCCACUGCUAAACCCAUCCUGAACGACGCCCAGCCAGAGCUUCUGAAGACCCACUUUGUGCCGGUGAUUGAGAAGCUGGAGGAGAGAACGGUUAAGGUCUUCAAGGCAGAGGAAGAUCUCAAGAAGGAGUAUCCCAUGGGUGGACAGGAGAUGGAGGAGGCUGAGUUUGCCAUCUUGGAGGAUUACCAUCUGAUAAUCAGGGAUCUGUAUGCCUCAUACCCUCUCCUAAUCAAGUUUGUAGACUCUCAAAGGAGUCAGUGGCUCAAGUCACCUUCCAUUGAUGCAGAGAAACUCUACUAUAAAGUAGCAUCAAUCUUCAACUCAUGGGCCAGAUCAGCUAAUUUCCGUCGUGAGGAGCAGAACUACGUAGCCCAGACUGAGGUGGACAGUUCGGCCGCGCUGACCUCCGCGAUGUCAAAGUCCGGCGGCGGGAACGGCAACUCUCCCUACAGCAUGCCGGGGGAGCCUCCGAAGCUCCAGUCGACCGCGCCCAAGCGUCCGGAUGGUCAGCACGGCAGUCCACCCAGUCUGAUCCUGGCUGCCCUCAAGAGGUUGCUUCCCAUCGGAAUGAAUCAGUAUGGAGCUAGGGAACAGGAACUGGUCCAGCAGGCCAAGCUCAUGUUUGGACAGAAAGAGACGGACAAAGAAGUGCGUGACUACCUGCUCCAGCAGCUCCAUCUGCACGAGAAAGAGAAGGUGGAGGACAUGGCCCGGCUGACGGCCCUCAGUCAUGCCCAAUCCUCUAUAUCACCUAAACCAUCUGUAUCAUUCUCAUCAUCACCACCAUCAUCAUCAUCAUCUGCUUCAGCUUCUGCACUUGCAACUUCUUCUUCUUCUGCUACCAGCACGACUACCACCACCUCCUCCUCCUCCUCCUCCUCCUCCUCCUCCCCUUCCUCUCCUCCAUCCUCCUCAGUAGAUCCUCAAGAUUCCACCAAGCCAUCCCGCAUUAGAAACCGGAGGCAGUCCAUAGCCGCCUGGCAGUCCGCUGCUGCCAGAGUCACUGGCGCUCAUAUCAUUCAAUCAGACUCGAAGGGAUGGCAGCGUCAUCUCUACAACAAGAUGGCCGCCAGUAAGCUGGUCCAGGUGGUUGAGCUUACCAAGGACAAGGUGAUAGAACGGAUCAUGAACAUGGCCCAGGUCCUCAAUCGACUUCACCAGAUGGAGCACCCGUCGGUGUCUAAGAAGAAUGCAUGGAGAAGGCUGAUGUCUGCUCAGCGCAAGAGAGCUAUCAUGGCCUGCUUCAGAAUGAUACCACUCCAUCAUUUACCAAGACAUCGGGCCAUCAACUUCUUCCUCAAGGCUUACAAGGAGAGAUGGCUGAGCAACGAGGAGUCAGCCCAACAUCUCCUGAUUGACGAUCUAACUAAAUGCAGUUCCGAAGAGUUGCAGGAGUUUGAGCCGGAGAACGUGAAGGACCCCCUCUAUCAGCUCAUCUCCACCUUCAGCCGAGCCUUCGGACUCCAGCAAGAUAUGUUGGAAGAGGACUCCCUCUAUCUGUCAUAUGCCGCCAUCAUGAGCACGAGCUGCAGCGGAGGAGAGGACGACGAUGACGACGAUGACGGAGGAGACGAGAACGGAACAUCAUUCCAGGAGCAAGAAAUGGAGAAGCAGAAGCUGCUGUCGGAGCAGGCCAGGCUGGCCGAGAGAGGCUGUGCAGAGAUGGUACUCCUCCUCAUCAGUGCUAGCAAAGGUGAACCUAGUGACAUGGUGUUCUGCUCUCUCAAGCUUGGUAUUUCAUUGCUCAGAGGAGGCAAUGAAAUGGUUCAAAGGAAAAUGCUGGAGCAUCUACAGGACAAGAUGGAUGUGGGUUUCUUCACCAGUGUUGCCGAGCUCAUGGAGAAAUGCACAGUUCUCGAUCUGGAGGCCUUCGAGAGGUACAACAAGGCAGAGGGUCUGGGCGUAACGUCUGGUGAAAACGCAGGCUGUGAUGGACUUAGAGCAGGAGAGAAGGCGAUGCAUGAUGCGGACUUCACCUGUGCCUUGUUCCGAUUCCUGCAGCUGCUCUGUGAAGGUCACAACUUAGAAUUUCAGAAUUAUUUGAGAACACAAGCAGGCAACCACACCACAGUCAACAUCAUCAUCUGCACUGUGGAUUAUCUUCUAAGACUACAGGAAUCAAUCAGUGAUUUCUACUGGCACUACUCUGGCAAAGAUGUUGUCGAUGCUCAGGGUCGAGAGAACUUCUCCAGGGCAUUCAAGGUAGUGAAGCAAGUCUUCAGCUCCCUGACUGAAUACAUACAGGGUCCAUGUUCUGGCAACCAGCUAGCCCUGGCCCACAGUCGUCUCUGGGAUGCUGUGGUAGGGUUCCUCCACAUCUUUGCCAACCUCCAGAAGAAGCUGUCCCAGGACACCAGUCAGCUGGAGCUCCUCCGAGAGCUGCUCAACCUCCACAAGGAGAUGGUCGUCAUGCUGCUCAGUAUGCUUGAAGGUAAUGUGAUGCAUGGGACCACUGGCAAACAGAUGGUGGAUACUCUCGUGGAGUCAUCAUCUAACUUGGAGAUGAUCUUGAAGUUCUUUGACAUGUUCCUCAAACUGAAAGACCUUUCCUCUUCCGAUGCAUUUAGGGAAUUUGAUGCUAAUGGCGAUGGUUGGAUCUCACACAAAGAGUUUCAGAAGGCUAUGGAGGCACAGAAGAUGUACACAGUAGAUGAGAUUGACUACCUGUUGAAGUGUGCAGACAGGAAUAACGAUGGAAGGAUCGAUUUCAACGAGUUCACAGAGAGAUUCCACGGACCAGCCCAAGACAUCGGUUUCAAUCUUGCAGUGCUGUUGACCAACCUUAAUGAUCACAUGCCAGGUGAAAGAAGGUUGGAGCGGUUCUUACUGCAAGCAGAGAGCUUGCUGACCUACUUUGAGCCCUACCUGGGUCGUAUUGAGAUCAUGGGCAGCAGCAGGGGCAUUGAGCGGGUGUACUUCAAGAUCACAGAAUCACACAAGGCACAGUGGGAGAAACCCCAGAUCAAGGAAUCUAAACAACAGUUCCUCCACGAGGUGGUCAAUGAAGGAGGAGAGAAGGAGAAACUGGAAGACUUUGUCAACUUCUGUGAGGACACCAUCUUUGAGAUGCAACACGCAACCAGCAUCAGCGACACCGGCGAGAGCCUCCCCGAGGUCUUCAUGAGCCUGCUGACCUUUGGCGCCAGCCGGGACUCCAACAACUGGCUGGUGUGGCUGGUGAGGGGGAUGAGGCCGUCCAACAUCCGCAGGCUGAUGGGAGACUUCUUCAGCAGCUCGCAGUACAACAUCAAGCAGAUCCGCUCCCUGUCGCUCUUCAGGCUCUUCUUUGGCGUCAUCAAGCUCAUCUUCCUCGGCGUCUUCAAGCUCUUCAAGUUUGCCUUCGUCAUUGUGGGGUGA